AUGGGUCAUGUCACACCGCAGGAGUUUGCCUCUGCGGCUCUCCGAGCCCGUACAGCCACGAGUGCCCCGGGCCGAGGCGGGUCCACACCUGCGCACGCCCGGGCGCCCUGGAUAAGCCGCAGGUGGCCCCCGGGCGCAGAAGGCGGCCGGGCCUCCUCGGGAGCUGAGGGCUGGCGGGACGCCGGGCGCGGCCGCAGGUGCCCGGGGAGUCAACCCUGCCCCCGCCGCCUCGGCCCAGCCACGCGUCGCCAGGACACAGUGUCCAGGCAACGGCCGAACGCGGGCGCAGUGCCGAACGAAGGCGCCGGGCCAGCGAGCGGACGCGGCCUGGGUCCCUGUCGGGCGGAGGCGAUGGACCAGGACUGCCUGGAGGAAGAGGAGGAGAUCACAGCCGCCACGCUGCGGGCCAGGCCGCGGCCGCUGCCCAUCUCGGCGCUGUCGGCCUUCAGCUACGUCCCGCCGCGGCGCCUGGACCCCAAGGAGUACAGCUACUACUAUCGCCAGGGCCAGACGGGGAUUAUUUCCCUCUACGACUGCGUUUUUAAGAGGAAGCUCGAUUAUAAUCAGAAACUGCACCGAGAUGACAGAGAGCACACAAAAGGCCUGGGACUUCACGUUAACAAGGAGGAACAAGAGAGGCCCGUGGGCGUGCUGGCCUCCUCCGUCUACGGGAGGCGCAUCCACCAGCCCGUGGAGCCGCUGAACCGGGACUUCCGCCGUGCCAAUCACGUGCAGGCUGACUUCUACCGGAAGAAUGACAUCCCCAGCAUCAAGGCACCUGGCUUUGGGCACAUCACUCCAGCCUGA